AUGCGGACUCGCGCUCUGGGACAGCUCGCCACUCGGGACUCAACCACUACUGCGGCAGAGAUCAGACUCGGGCUCUACGUGGAUCUAUCGGCACGAUCGCUCUGGCUGUACGACUACGUCCAGACAUUCUCUACGGAGGUUCAAGCGAUCUGGCUGCGCAAGAUUUCUGCGAUGUCAGUUAUCUUCCUCUUAAACCGAUAUCUCAUGCUCCUCGGGAUCAUCGCGGGAAUGUACGAGGACGCUCCUGGGACGGGUACGAUCACUAGUUUGAAGGCUGAUGAGCUUCAUGAAGCGUUAUUUAUCAUGAGGUUGUAUGCUAUAUAUAACGAGAACCGGUGGAUUGCCGUAGUCACCUCUACGCCGGUGUUGGGUAGGGUUGCAAUCGACUUCUGGGAAUUCAAGACAAUACAUGCCACGAACGCCAAAGUAGACGUCGAUGAAUCUUGGAGCUCGCGAUGUACGGAACAACUGCUAUUCCACGAUCCGAGCAUCUUUUACUCGAAAACAUGGCACCAUGUCAUGGAGAUGCGUCAUCUUGGAAGGACAGGGCUCAUUGAGGUGUUUCUUCGCGAUGGCAGCUUGUACUUCUUACUCGCUUUUAUCAUCACCGCCCUUCAAUUAGCAACCAACAUUGUCUCCAGCAUGCAUGAUCCAGAUUCAACCUCGUAUCUCGGUCAAAUCAGCUCGAUCAUUAACGCAUUCUAUGAUGUGACGCCCAAUAUGCUCGUCAACAGACUGGUCCUUCACCUCCGCAUCUAUCGCGCCCCGUCCGGUCCAAUGCUCGCAGGUACACCAUACGACCAUGAAGCAGCCUCGAGAAUAAUAUCUGACCUCGAAUUCGCUCCUGAUCUUACUUCGAAUGAGCAGAAGAGUGGUCGUAUUGUUGGGAACAUUGGGGCGCCGCUGGACCAUGGGCGGUGGGAUUAUCCGUACGUGACUCCGGAGACGGGAGCUCCGGUAGGCGUGAUUCAGAACGUGAAUGUUGAUGAUGUUGAGAUGAAUUCCCUCUCCCUCGAGCGGAUCAGCGGCGACCUCAAUAAUGUGACCUCAAUGAGUAUUCCCACCAAAGUUUCGUCAUCGUCUGCUUUCGUUUGCGCGGAGCUGCGCAACCAUCCAGAGCUGGGAUUAUUUUCCCCAAUGGAUUGCGAACUUGUGGGAGAUCCAGAGGCGACAAGGGUCGGCUCGGGUCUUCGCGAAUUGCUUUCGCUUAGUCCGAUAAGCCCGCUGACCAACGAGCAGGCGGUUCCCAUACUUGCCGAACGUUAA